AUGGGUCCAGAUGAUGAUAGUGAGAUAGAAUAUGGGGGGCAUAAAUAUAAAGACGGGGUCAAAUACGUCGGUUCCUGGAAUCGUAAAGGACUAAAAUCAGGAGGGGGUCAUAUUUUGUUCCCAGAUGGUACAAGAUAUGAUGGAAACUUUGAAAAUGGAUUUUUCAACGGACAAGGAGUUCUGAGUUUUCCAGAUGGAGCCAAAUACGAGGGGGAAUUUUUACAAGGAUGGUUCCACGGGCACGGGAUUUUUUUGCGGGCCGAUGGUAUGAGAUACGAGGGCGAGUUCAGGGGUGGUAAAAUGAGGGGCCUGGGAUUGAUAACUUUCAGCGAUUAUUCGCAUGGUUUUCCCAAACUCGAGGGAUAUUUUGAGAAUUGCAGGUUGUUGAAAAAACAAAGCUGUCCAGAAACGGUUCUUAGAGCUCAUAUGGUGUCGAUCACGGCUCGGAAAAAUUAUGUAGAAAAUAUUUAA